GCCUUUUUUCCGUCAUAACAGUAUGCGCUUUUCCUCGUAUUCGCCGCGAUCCCAACUAACAUCUGCUUCCAUUUAUUUCCGUGGUUUUUCACUCGCGUAGGAUUCCAGAGUGAUCGGCACCGCACGUCUGCAUCUGCUGUCUUUGGCGGCCAGGGAUCAUCCGCUGCCGUGUAUAAGUAUCCAAAUGUCUUCUGCUUCCUGCGUAGGUCUUCAGAGGUCGCUUGCGCCGUUUUUUAUACAUCAGUUCUUCUUAGCUCUGGUUCCAUCAGGUCCUGUAUAUGUGGUUUUUCCAGUUGCAGCGUCUUCCUUUGUGCGUCGUAUUUUCUAAAGCCAUGUCGACAGAAUUUUUAAUAGUGGAUAUCAAGCCAGAAACACAAAACUGGACAUGUCGCGUAACUGUGGUGGAAAAACAAAACAUAUGAACCGCAAAAUCUUCUCCCAUGAAAUUUAUGCCCCUGGUUCUCGUUGAUUGUGCUGGGAAUAGAGUGCAGGCAACUGCUUUUGCAGGCGACAUCUAUGGAAUUGAUGCGCAGCUGCAGUUGUACUCGACCUACCUCAUUUCUAGUGCAUAUGUGAAGCCAUUGACUGAUCUGCGCUUCUGUGUAGACCACAACUACCAAUAUGUGUGGUCAUUCACAAGACGCACAUUCAUCCAGGAUGUUGCCCCUGAAGAAGGGGUGGACUUUCGACAGAUUGCUCAAAAUACCACCGAACCUUUCCGAGAGAUCUUUGCCUGUUACUUAGCUGCUCAAAAAGUUUAAUGGAUGUUAUUGCUGCUAAACUGCCCCGAACCAUCAUAGUGACUGGUGAUGAGCAAACACUUGCAUGGGACGUCGUUGUGGUUAAUGAAGAGCUAACAUUUGUGCCUGUGACCAUGUGGGAAGAGUUUGUGACCCGCCAUGGUGCGGAAAUUGACAAGUUUUUGCAAUCUGGUUAAUGGCCAGUUAUAUUUGUCACCAGGGCUGCUGCAAAUAUCUAUCAAGGCCUAUCACUGUCAACUCGCUAUGAUUCGCACAUGGAAUUAAACCCGGGCGGUGAUCGCGCGCUGGUGCUAAAAAAAUGGGCCAGAGAGAACAGCGCAAGGAUCGAACAAUUGUUGUUUGAGAAGCAAUACGACCAUGCUCUUGGAAAUAUAGCUUGCCCCCUCUCACAGCCCCAAACACUUCUUGCUUCACUAGAAACUAACCUUAAUAAGGUGCCAAUUGUCUGGAUGUGUGGCAAGUUGAACCUAAGUGACACUUCUGGAGAGUCGUACUACAUCGACUGUGAUUAUUGCAAUCGUCGUGUUUACGCGCCAGAAGGCAGCACUUUCCAAUGCAUGUUCUGUGGACAAAAGGAAGGCCGCACAGUGAAGCGAUUUAUACUCAACGCCACACUCACUGACAGUACCGCUACCUUUCCGGUGACAUUCUUCACAAACGGCGUACUAAAGCUGUAUGGUUACGUUUGCAUGGAUCAUGAAAAAAACUUCGACAUCAAUGCACUUGAUGCACAACUGCAAAAGAUGUCUGUUAUUGCUGGCGUGAAGCGCGCCAAAAUCGGUGAAGAAGGCCUACGUGGGAACCCUUGAUGCAAGAAAUAACUCGAAAAUAUAUUCUUGAGCUGUUCGGGAAACCAACCAUCCAAUAAACUCUACAAUCUAAUUUGCCCGUAAAAGUGAAUACGGUACGCUCUAUUAGCGACAAGUUGAUACCCAAAUUAAGCACGAUUCGAAUGCUUGUAUAAAUGGUCAUCCCGAUUGUCUUGCGAUGUAUGGUCAUUCGCCUCAUAAAUACCCACUCAGAAAACACUCCCAAGGUCCGUUCAUUCUUACGCUCAUUCACCGCAGUCACCACCCGCCAUCACCAUCGCCGCUGCCCUGCGUAUCGAGCGUUUGUGUUGACAGAUACUAUGUUCACACCGUGCAUGGCAAACGCAUUAUUGUUGCUACAAUCGACCCUACUGCAGCGCCUCAAGCUGACUGCACAACAAAUCCUGAUUGGAAACACUUUUUGAACGCCACUGGUUACUUUCGAUUACUGCCGACAUCGUUCAGAAACAAAACAGAGCUGGAGCACAAACUCAGGCACUUUGUGCAGCGAGGUGCUUCACUGCCUCACCUUGCAAGUCUUCUGUCCUCCAAAACGCCCCCUCUGCUGUUCACUUCCUUUUACAACUUUUCUAAUUUUCAUCUUUUCCUUAUUGUGCUUUUCCACAGUUUGCCCUCAAACUGGCUCUAUUCAUUUCCCAGACAUGCUACAAUUUGCGAUCGUCUGGUUUCUACUUACUGUACCUGACAUUGAAUUUGUUGUACAAUACCCGCAUUGAAUUACCUCGUUUGCAUUACUUCUUCAUAGAGAACAACAUUCCAUUUGGCAGCCAUGUCGUGUUAAGGCACAUUGGUGAUUUCACAUUCCAAGUCCUAAUGUUUGACAGAGAAGGCUUCUCUUUGAACUUGGCUGGAACACCUUCAGGUUCUAUCAUCGAUUAUACCCCCAUACCCAUUCUAUAUGUACGUUGAAUCAUGUUUGCCCAACUGCUCGUACAACCAAAUGUACUGCCCACCCUCAUUUUUAUAUAUUCCUAACCAGACUGCAAAGCUUUCUUGCGCCAAUCCAGCGACAAACGAGGCCGCCUCCAAGCCUUCCUUCGAACAGAGGACACACAUCUGGUAACAAAAGAAGACCCAAUACUUCGCAAACUUCAAAUGAGUUUUGACCUCAAAAAACAAACAACCAUCGCAUUCUUCAAGUAUGGAAGGGGUAGAGUUAGACUCAUUACCAUGGCACAAUGUGGCAUAGAAGACCCACCCACCCACAAUCACAAGUACGAAAUCUGCAGCGCUUCAUACAUCAACCAUUCCGGCCCUUCUUAAUCCACUGAAACGUUACAACACUUUUGCGAUGGAUUCUUGUUUAUUUUGGCUGCCCCGUUAUUUAUAUCAACACUAACAUUGCAAUCAUCCAACAACUCUCUUUCAUUCAAAUCCUUUUAAACAAUGAUAGGAUUUAUCUAAGUGAUUAACUUACUGCUUACACUCAAUGUUUUAAAAUAUUGUUCCCCAUAAUGUUU